AUGGUUUCGCUAGUAAAUGUUUUGCUGCGGAAAACCGCAAAAUUGGGUGCUAACAGAGCCCUACUGGCUAAUUUACCAGCGGUUUACAAUGCCAGCUCUCAACGAAAUGCCCACCGUUGGAUGCCAGACGUAGACUUUAUUAAGCAGUUCGAGGGCGCUGUGUUAUAUUCCGAUGGCAGACCUGAACUCAUGAAGCACCCGCCUUACAACAGUAUCGUGCCGCCUGCGGAGAAGCAAGUUAAGAACAUGAUCCUCAACUUUGGACCACAGCAUCCCGCUGCCCACGGUGUGUUGAGACUUGUGCUCGAACUGGAUGGUGAGACUGUCCGAGGAGCAGAUCCUCAUAUAGGUCUCCUUCACCGUGGUACAGAGAAGCUUAUUGAAUACAAGACCUAUACCCAGGCGUUGCCUUACUUCGAUCGCCUCGACUAUGUAUCUAUGAUGUGCAACGAACAAUGUUACAGUUUGGCUGUUGAGAAACUUCUUAAUAUUGAAGCUCCUAUCAGGGCUAAGUAUAUAAGAACUCUGUUUGCGGAAAUAACAAGAAUUCUUAACCACAUAAUGGCUGUUGGAACUCACGCUCUGGAUGUAGGAGCGCUAACUCCAUUCUUUUGGUUAUUCGAGGAAAGAGAAAAAAUGAUGGAAUUCUAUGAAAGAGUAAGCGGCGCCAGGAUGCACGCUGCGUAUAUAAGACCAGGAGGAGUCUCAUUGGAUAUGCCAUUGGGUCUAAUGGAUGAUAUAUAUGAGUUCGCGAGCAAGUUCGCCGAACGGCUCGACGAGGUUGAAGAUGUUCUUACCACGAAUAGAAUCUGGGUUCAACGGACCAAGGAUGUAGGAGUGGUGACGGCUCAAGACGCUCUCAACUAUGGCUUCAGUGGUGUGAUGUUAAGAGGUUCGGGCAUCAAGUGGGAUCUGAGGAAAACUCAACCUUACGACGCGUACGAUAAGGUUGAGUUUGAUGUACCGAUAGGAACCAACGGAGAUUGCUAUGAUAGAUAUCUGAUCCGUGUGGAGGAGAUGCGUCAGUCACUCCGCAUCAUAGACCAGUGUCUGAACCAGAUGCCGCCCGGAGAAGUGAAGACGGACGACGCGAAGCUGACCCCGCCCUCCAGGGAGGAGAUGAAGACAUCAAUGGAGGCGUUGAUCCAUCACUUCAAGCUGUUCACUCAAGGGUAUGCGGUGCCCCCCGGCGCUACUUACACCGCCGUAGAGGCGCCCAAAGGAGAGUUCGGGGUCUACCUUGUAUCUGAUGGAGGAUCAAAACCAUAUAGAUGCAAGAUCAAGGCCCCCGGCUUUGCUCAUCUAGCUGCUUUGGAGAAAAUCGGAAAGAAUUCCAUGUUGGCUGAUAUAGUAGCCAUUAUCGGAACAUUGGAUGUUGUGUUCGGAGAAAUAGAUCGAUAG